AUGGGAACCCUGAGUGCUCACCUCACACAGUCUUCCUCAGUGUCUCUUCAUCACUCGUCUGAUGAGGAAGGUGGAGCCCAGAGGGAGGAGCUAAACUUUGAGGCGUUAGAUACCGAGGAGGAGGCGGGGCCAGUCUGUGACAUCAGAGGGUGGGAGCGGAGGUGUCUCCAUGGUAACAGGAGGCGCUGUGCAUGGCUGGGUGUCUAUGGAGCGGCGACGUUCACUGCAGCGUUCCUAUUGGCCUACGCUGUGUUCAGUGGGCGGGCCCACUGCUCCCCAGAGGGGGGGCUGGGGGAGGAGAGCAAGCAGCCGGGGGGCGGGGCUAACCGGCCUGCAGAUGGAGGGGCGGAGCUUUACCUGGGGGAGCUACGGGACAUGAUGAGGAGGCAGCUGCAGGAGGAAGAUCUCCACAGCUCUGUCAGUCGGGUCAGCAGAGCGGCUCAUCCUCCAGGUUCCUCAGAGGGAACGGCUCUGGCCUCAGAGAUCCUGAGACGCUUCAGGAAGCUGCCGAUGGACCACACCUGGACCGAGUCUCUGUACGCCACGCUGCAGUUCCCCGACAGGACUCAGAGGAGCUCCCUGCAGCUGGUGGACCCUGCAGGUCAGAUCCUAGAGCAGAUUCCUCUGAACCCAAUCGAUUACUGCCCCUACAGCGCCGCAGGAAACUACACGGGGGGCGUGGUCUAUGCCAACUACGGCCGUCCAGAGGACUUUAACUGGCUGAGGAGCGUAGGCGUGUCCGCGGCCAGCAGCGUGGUGGUGAUGCGGGUAGGGGGCGGAGUCAGUUAUGCUGAGAAGGUGUGGUUGGCUGAGAGGAACGGAGCGGGUGGGGUUCUGAUCUAUCCGGACCCUGCUGACCUGCCACAGGACCCCCGCCGCCUCGGCUUGAACGCUCACACCGCCGUUUCUGAACAUGUCCACCUGGGGUCCGGGGACCCCUUCACCCCCGGCUUCCCCUCCUUUAACCACUCAAAGUUCCCUCCCAUCCCGUCCUCCGGCCUGCCGCUGAUCCCAGCCCUGCCCAUCACCGCCACGGUGGCCGCCAAGCUGCUGAGCCAGCUGUCAGGUCCCGCCUGCCCUCCGUCCUGGCGGGGUCGGCUGCCGUACGUCCGCUGCGUCCUCGGUCCAGAGUUCAGCUCCAGGCGGAAGGUCCAGAUGUCCGUCCAUAACCUGAUGACUCCGGUUCUGCUCAACAACAUCUUCUCUUCCCUGGAGGGCCGCGUUGAGCCAGACCAGUACAUCAUACUGGGAGCUCAGAGGGACUCUUUAGGUCCAGGAGCUGUGAAGUCCGGAGUGGGAACGGCGAUCCUGCUGGAGCUGGCUCGGACCUUCUCAGCCAUGGUGAAGAACGGUUUCAGUCCCAGACGCAGUCUGCUCUUCGUCAGCUGGGACGCUGGAGACUUUGGGAACGUUGGAGCCACGGAAUGGCUGGAGAGCUACCUGUCCAUGCUCCACCUGAAGGCCGUGGCCUACUUCAGCCUGGACCAGGCCAUCAUGGGUGAUGAUAACCUGUCAGCCCACACCAGUCCUCUACUGGUUGACCUGCUGGAUGCAGCCAUCAAACAGGUGGAACAUCCCAAACAUGCGGGUCAGACCAUCUACAGCCAGGCGGAAAGAGAUGGAGGCAGCUGGAGGAUCAUGAAGCCUCUGUACCUGAACAGUGGAGCCUACAGCUUCACUGCGUUUGCAGGAGUUCCUGCCAUGGAGCUCAGGUUCACCAAGGAGCGAGCGUAUCCUUUCCUCAACACACCGUUGGACACCGUCCCACGCCUUCAGGAGGUCCUGGGGGGCCGGCUGGGGGUCACUGGGAGAAAGCUGGGUGAACUGGUGGGGGAAAUGGUCCUGCGGUUGGUCCAUGACCACAUCCUGCCUCUACGUAUCACUUCCUACGCUCAGACGGUGCUGCAGUUCAGCGCUCACCUCAACAAGCACUCUGCUGAGCUGCAGGCCAGAGGUGUUUCUCCUCAGUGGCUGUUCAGCGCUAGAGGAGAUUACAGCAGAGCCGCAGAGACGCUGCAGAGAGCCAUCGACAACAGCGACCUGCAUGACCCCACCACGGCGCGGCUCUACAACACGCGCAUCAUGAAGGUGGAGUACUACUUCCUGUCCCAGUACGUGUCCGCCAUGGAGACGCCGUUCCGCCAUGUGAUCCAUGGGCGUGGUAACCACACUCUGAGCGCGCUGACGGAGCAUCUGACCCUGCUGACCUCUGACCCCGGGCGCUUUGAUGAGGGUCGAUUCAGACGUCAGCUGGCCCUGUUCACCUGGACGCUGCAGGGGGCAGAGCUCAGGCUGCCUUUGGUCCACAGGUUGGUAAACCAGCAGCCCUCUCUGGUCCCAGAGGGUCAAACAUCCUCUGACCCGGCCCACCAGCAGGACCAGCUAAGGAGUUCAGAGUUCUGGACCCAGCUGGGCGGGUCAUCCUAG